CGAUCGAUUACAGAUACUGUUUAUAUAAAGCAAAUUUAACACAGUGUUGUAACUGUUAGAAAGAUUAUUCAAUACGAUUUUAAUGCAAUUUCUUUUUUAUGUAGGAAAAUGUUUUAUAUGUUUUUGUCAUAAACACGCAGGGUGAGUUAAUCGAUGUCAGAGCGAAUUGUUGACAGGCUGGAGCUGGUUCUGAAGACAUGGCGCUGAUCAGAAGUUGUGUUGUUUCGGGACGAUAUUCGUCUAAUCGUCUGUUUUUACCAUCAAAAUGCUUUGAGGGGUCUAGUGUUAGACUGAUCACUGCUGCCAACACGUCCUCCUCACUCCCUGAGAAGAAGAGGAACAUCAGAGACGACGGACUGAACCUGCAGGACUUCAUCUCUGGAGAGCUGUCCGAGAAGAGCAGCUGGGAGGAAUACCGAGGCAGUCUGAAGAGACAGAAGGGAGAGCGGCUAAGGCUUCCACCGUGGCUGAAAACAGAGAUCCCUAUUGGAAAGAACUACAACAAACUGAAGAACACACUUAGGGACCUGAAGCUGCACACAGUAUGCGAGGAGGCCCGGUGUCCUAACAUCGGUGAAUGCUGGGGUGGAGGAGAGUAUGAUACUUCCACAGCAACCAUAAUGUUAAUGGGGGACACAUGCACACGUGGCUGUAGGUUUUGUUCAAUUAAAACAGCCAGACAUCCUCCGCCUCUCGACCCUGAGGAGCCAUAUAACACUGCUAAAGCCAUCGCUGCAUGGGGACUGGACUAUGUAGUCCUCACAUCAGUGGACCGAGAUGAUAUUCCUGAUGGUGGAGCUGAACACUUUGCUAAGACCGUCUCCAAUCUUAAAGAAAGGAACCCUAAAAUCCUGGUGGAGUGUUUGACUCCUGAUUUUCGAGGUGAUCUGGCUGCAGUGGAGAAAAUUGCUUUGUCUGGGCUUGAUGUUUAUGCUCACAAUGUAGAGACGGUCAGAGAUUUACAGAGACAUGUGCGUGACCCUCGUGCAAACUUCGACCAAUCGCUGAGUGUUUUACGACAUGUUAAAAAGGUGAAGUCCGGUGUGCUCACGAAGACGUCCCUCAUGCUGGGCCUCGGAGAGACAGACGCACAGAUACACGCAGCUCUGAAAGAUUUUAAGGACUCUGGAGUGGACUGUGUGACUCUGGGGCAGUACAUGCAGCCGACCAAACGCAGUCUCAAGGUGGAAGAGUACGUCACUCCUGAGAAGUUUGCUUACUGGGAGCAGAUUGGCCAGGAGCUGGGUUUCGUCUACACAGCCAGCGGGCCGCUUGUGCGCACCUCUUACAGAGCAGGUGAGUUCUUUUUGAAGAAUCUGCUGGAAAAGAAGAAAUCUGAAGGAACCGUAGAAGCAGCAGAGUGAACUUUUCCUCUUUAUUCCUACCAUAUAAACCGUAUUAAUAGGAGAAUUCAUCCAACAAUUGCUCAAUGCUGUAUUAAUUUACUCUCCAUCAUGUCAUUAUUUUUCUGUGUAACAUAAAAGAAGAUUUUGAAUCAUACAGCUUUUGGAACGACAUGACGACUGAAUUUUCAGUUUUAGGUGUACUGUCUCUUUAAGAAUACAUAUUACAAGAUAACAUUCACUGUGUUGCAGUGACACUAUAAACAUAAUAUUUAAAUGAACAUGUUGGGUUGUUUUAGAAAUGGAUUAAAGCUGUCUAUUUUGUGCAUCAUUUAUAAGUAAUAUAAAUAGAAUAAAUUCAAUGAAAACUG